AUGCUGUUCAGAGGGGAUGAACACAAGACUGCCCAACUUGUGAGAGAAAAAUUGACAUGGGGUCUUCUCCUCCUGGUUGCCCUGCCUGCCUUGGAAGCCAGUGACAUCACUGGGUUCCUGUACAUUGUGGGAAUCAUCUUCACUUUGAGUAGCAAAUGCAAGUGCAUUCAGAAGCACAACCCCUUACCAGAGAAAACUCCACUCAUCGUUCCAGGCUCUGCCAGUAACUGCUGA